AUGUAAUUCAGUUUUGAAAAUCGUAUCAUACUAGCGAUUCGACUCGUAAAAUCGUCUAUCAAACACUAUAAAGGUGGGUCGUGUGAGUGAUGAGUUGCCCGUUAUGGGACUUUAAAGGACUCUACUUUGCCUUUGCGUCGAUAAAUAAAUGAACAAUAAGAAGCAAAACGCCAAAAACAAAGCAAAAGAAAAGAAAGGUAGAAUAGUAAUACUAAGGAAACAGACACACCCAACCCACCACCGACCCCGUACCCGACCCGACAAUUCAUACCCUUCCCUUUUCCCUUUUCUUUCUUCAUCUUCUUCCUCUCUCUCUCUCUCUCUGCUUUCAAGAAGGAUCCCAAUGCUGCUUCUGCUUUCUUCUUCUUCUCAUCAGUAGUACCCUUCCUUCUCCAGUACUACCACCAACCGCCAUUCCUUCACCUUAACGUCUCUCUGCCCUCUCUCUCCAGUCUCCAUUAUUGCCACUCAAUUUUGCUCCACCAUGUCCUCCUACUAGGCCAGCACUCAAUUACCAAGAAGACUCAACAAAAGUGGGGGGAAAAAGGUAAAAGAAAAUGGAGGUCAGUGGAAGGAGAAGAUCAGUACCUGUUGCUGCUGCUGCGGCAGCAGGGUUGGUUAACAAUAAUAACAACAAACCCAGUAGUGUGAUUGUGGCAGCUGGCUCUGUUUGGGAGAGCAGAAUGAAGCUCGAUGAAGUCAAAGGCGGGUUCAAGGUCUUCAGUGUCGCCGACGGCGAGAAUCCCGAACCGCCGGCGGCGGUAACGGUGGCAGCGACGCCGAGGAGGUCGCCCAGGAACCUCGCCGCGGGGACGGUGGCGAGCAGUGGGAAGAGGAAGACGUGGAAAUCGGAGUGUUCCGAGGGCCCAAUUCGGUUGAGUGCGUCGGCCGAUGGAGUCAAGAAAUCGCCGAUUCAGGGGAGGAAGUUGAGAUCUGAAGGGAGCAGCGACGGAAUUGCGAGGAGUCCCGUUCAGGUGAGCAAGAAAGGAAGAUCUGAAGUAGUGGGAAGCUCUUCCGUUGUUUCCCCGAUUCAGAUUGGGAAGCUGAGAUCCGCUGGAAAUUCUGGGAAAGAAGUUGAGAAUUCGCCGGUGAAACUGGAAUCGAAGGUCGGUGGUGGUGAAACGAAGGAGGAGAAAUCAGUGCCUGAGAAGGAAUUGGACGAAUCUGUUUGUCAAAUUGAGAAGAAGCCAUCUGAAAUUGAGGAAACAGAGGAGAGUUGCAGGGAGUUUGGCGUUUGUGAAGAGAAGGUGGUUUCUUCUGCGACCGUAGAAGACGAUCGCGCCGACAGUGAUCAGGACUUCGAAGAAGAAGAGGAGGAGGAGGAGGAAUUCGAAGAAGAGACGGACGUGGAAAUUGAGAAGAAGAGCUUCGAUGUUAAGGAGAUUAAUGUUCAAGAACACGAGAAGCCAAAAGAGAAGAAAUUCGAAGAGAAGAAAAUCCCGAUUCCUGAGCAGAAGCCGACGAAAGGAGUUGUUCACCGUCAGUUUCACAACAGAGCUCCACCGCCGGCUCCGCCGACCGUGAACAAACAGACGCCUCCGGUGAUGAGAAGAGCUGCAGCUUACCAGAAUUUCACUAAACCCACUCCUACUCCAGCUCCAUCUCCAGCUCAACCCAGGAGUUACCCAAGAAGGCAAAGCAAGCUCCAGAAUCUGGUGGAUUUAGUGAUGUGGAGAGACGUGUCGAGAUCAGCAUUCGUGUUUGGAAUCGGAACAUUCACCAUAAUCUCAUCUUCCUACACGCAGGAUCUCAACAUCAGCUUCAUUUCUGUGAUGUCUUAUCUGGGGCUGGUUUACCUCGCCGCAAUCUUCCUCUACAGAACCCUUAUUUCCAGGGGAAUUGUGGAGGGAGAUGAUGGUUAUGAGGACACCGGGAGCUACGUGGUUGGCGAAGGGGAGGCAAUCUGUGUGGUGAAGUUGGUCCUGCCGUACCUGAACGAGUGCCUGCUCAGAAUCAAAGCCCUGUUUUCCGGCGAUCCUUCCACCACCAUGAAGUUGGCAGUCCUGCUGUUCGUUCUUGCCAGGUGUGGCGGCUACAUUACCGUCUGGAAAAUGGCCAAAUUGGGAUUUUUCGGGGUUUUCAUACUGCCAAAAGUCUGCUCGUCGUACUCCAGCCAGUUAACCUCUUACGCCAAGUUCUGGAUUCGACGAUUUCGCGACGCGUGGGAGAAGUGCACGCACAAGAAGGCCGUGGCAUUGGGCAUCUUCACCUUGGUGUGGAACAUGUCGUCGAUUGUGGCUCGUGUUUGGGCUGUGUUUAUGAUGUUCGUGGCUGUUCGAUAUUACCAACAACGUGUGGCGCAAGACAGUGAGAAUUGGGAGGAGUGUGAUGAUUAUAACGAAGAAGAAGUUACUGUAGGUGAUGCGAAGGAGGAAGAUUUUGGGCCGAGACGCCGGCCCAAUUAUUUUGAAGUAAAUAGUAAAGUAAAAAAGAAAUACUAGUUAGGGUGAAAAAAGCUACAUUACUACAAGAUUAAUAAAAAGUUACCCUACCUCCGAUUUGUUACCAUUUCCAUGCUGUUGCUUGUUCAUUCCACUUGUUUGUUUUGGUAUUGGGCUAUAUAUGGCCCAACUUCUUUUCCAACAUGCCAGCCCAUUAAUAAAGGCCCAUGGACAUU